AUGAAGGACGAACACCAUGACAUGGCUACAGGAAUCUCUGGCCCAAGAAGAACCACACAGGAACCUUUAGAAACUGCAGCCGCAAAUGCAGAAGCUUCCAGACUAGCAGAUCUCUAUGGAGUAUCUUCCACAUCGAAACGCGGACCCCCCUUCCUCCGAGACAAUGCGUCCCCGAUUGCAUCGAAAGUUUCUACUCCAAUGGUGACCCAACGAAGAGGGUUCGGUAUAAGACUAUUUGGGAAGAAAUCGAACGUAGUGGUCGAGCAGGGUGUUACUGAGGACUAUCAAGCUCUCUCUCCAGACACCAACCCCUCCGGUGUGACAACAGCCAAUUCCGAGCGUAAGUCGCAACCCAGUCUUGCUUCGGUGUAUUCUCCCCCGCCAAGAGUAAAGUGUGGUACUGAGGAUGAGGUUCAUAACAAAGCUGAUGAGCAUAGUGUCAGGACUAGAACUUUCAGCGUCGAGACUGGAGAGCUUGCUGCAUUUGACGCCAAUGGAAAUUUGGCGCCGUAUCGAGACGGUCCUUAUGAUAUUCAUCAUGAUUAUUAUGGCCGACAGAUCAAACGGCGAUGGUAUGGACGACUUGAGGAUGGCUAUUUGGCAUGGUCGUCGAUAUUCCUGCAUGAAAAUUUUGGAUUUACAAUCUAUACUCCAUUAACAGAGAAGGAAGAGGAAAAGAUGAGGCAAAAUGAGUUCAUACCUGAUUGGAUGGAAUACUUUACUUCUCUACCAAAUCUAGCAAUCCCCAUUUCCUACUUCUGCAUCGGUGUCGCACUACAGCUACUACGGACACCUCUAAUUGUGUACUUUAUUCAAGAUCUUGGAGCAUCUGCAGCCGAGGUGAAUGUGUUGUUCACAGUCAUGGCUGUACCGUGGUGCUUUAAGGUUCUUUACGGUUUUCUUUCAGAUUGUCUUCCAAUUUCGGGAUUGAGGCGGAAGCCCUAUUUCAUGGCUGGCUGGGUCGUAUAUAUCGCAUCAAACUUUGCUCUCUCUGCUGCAACACAGCCAUCUAUUGGCAUGUGUAUAUCCCUUGUCUUUGUGCAAACAGCCGGGUAUAUGUUGGCUGAUGUCAUGACAGAUGCAUUGAUAGUGGAGAGGUCGAGAUAUGAGUCAGAAGCCGCUCGAGGGACCAUGCAAUCAAGAGGAUACAUUGUUCGCUUUUUUGGAAGCAUGAUUGGCGCUGCAAUCGGUGCAGUUGUAUACAACAAGGAUACAUGGGAAUGGUUUCUGCCAAUGCCCUUGAUUUUCUUUAUCAAUGGAGCCGUUCCUCUGGUUAUUCUAUUGCCCUUUGUACCUUACUUGCUUGAACUUGAAAACCAUUGCAAACCCAAACAGUUUUGGAAACAAUGUGAAGAGCUAUUCGAAACAGUUCAACUUCGAUCAGUAUGGCAACCGAUGACUUUUGUUUAUGUAUAUAACGCCUUGCAAUUGACAAACGCUGCGUGGAUGAACUUCUUGGUGGAAGGACUGGACUUCAAGCCAUGGAUGAUCGGGCUCGUCUCAGUUGUUGGCUCUAUUAUGGCUUGGGUCGGAAUUAUCACAUACAAAAAAUUCUUCUUUGCAAGUAACUGGAGGGUAGUGUACUUUUGGUGUACGACACUUGCGUCGGCUAUUGCUUUGGGUCAACUGAUAUUGGUCUUUGGUAUGAACAGGCCAAUAAUGAUUCCUGAUAUUGUGUUUUCGAUGGGUGACGAUGUAUUGGUUGAAUUUGUGAUUGCAGUUCAGUUCCUUCCCAUGUGUAUCAUGUACCUCGGCCUUUGCCCUCCGGGCUCGGAAGGGACAACUUAUGCAUUGCUCACAACUUGGAGCAACCUGGCAGGGUCCUUAGCCUUUGACAUUUCGACAGCAUUGACGGCAAUUUGGGAUGUUAGCUCGGAAACCAUCUCUGAGGGUGACUUUUCCGGUGUUUGGAAAUUGAGCUUGCUGUGUGGAUUGCUGGGGCCUCUACCACUUGUGCUGUUGAAAUUGAUUCCAAAGAACAAGGAGGAUCAGCAGAAGCUACAAAAGGACGAAACAAGGAGCUACUCUGCCGGGGUCGUCUUCAUUUUUGUGAUGAUAGUAACGCUGUUGAUCACAUUCGUGGAGUCUGUCUAUGAAGUUGCUUCUGACGAGGACAAUGCAUCCAUGGUCGCUGAUGGCAUGGAAGGAGGUGAUGGUGUCCAACGACGCUUGAAGCGACUGCUUAUUGGGCAUUAG